AUGGCUUUGAGGCACGUGCUGUCCCGUUCCUGCGCCGGCGUCCCUUGUUUCGCCCGUCUGUCCACGGCACCGGCGGCCUCCGGACAGCCUGCUGCGGACUCUCAAGCCGUGCCGGGGCGAGAGGCGGUCAAGGCUGUGCGACCCCCGGUGCCCUCAGUGGACUUCAACAAUGCACAGGAGGCUUACCGCAACCGGCGGAACUGGGAGCUGGUGCGCAGCCUCGUGGUGCUGCGUCUGUGCGCCUCGCAGGCGCUGCUGGCGCACCACGAACAGCUGCUCCGUUUGGCCAGGACACUUCUGGGGCAAAGGCUGUUCAACAAGCUAAUGAAGAUGACAUUUUAUGGGCAUUUCGUGGCCGGCGAGGACCAGGAGUCCAUCCGGCCUGUGAUCCAGCACAACAAAGCCUUCGGAGUGGGCUCCAUCCUGGACUAUGGCGUGGAGGAGGACCUGAGCCCCGCGGAAGCCGAGCGGAAGGAGAUGGAGCCCUGCACCUCGGCUGCAGAAGGAGACAGCUUAGGUUCAAGUAAGAGGGAGAAGCAAUACCAGGCCCACCGCUCCUCCGGGGACGGCAGGGAUGGCGGCAUCAGCGCCCGCACCUACUUCUACGCCAAUGAAACCAAGUGUGAUGGUCACAUGGAGACACUGUUGCGCUGCAUCGAGGUGUCAGGUAACACCAGUGAGGACGGCUUCUCAGCCAUCAAGCUCACUGCCUUGGGGAGACCCCAGUUCCUGCUGCAGUUGUCAGAGGUGCUGACCAGGUGGAGGCGGUUCUUUCACCAAUUGGCCGCAGAGCAAGGGAAGGCCGGCCUCGCCGCCGUGGAUGUGAAGCUGGAGGUGGCUGCGCUGCAGGAGAGCAUGGCGAAGAUGGGCUUUGCAAGCCGGGCUGAGAUAGAGGAUUGGUUCACAGCGGAGACCCUGGGGGUGUCUGGAACCGUGGACCUUCUGGACUGGAACAUCCUCAUCGAUGGCAAGAACAAGCUCGCCAAGCACCUGGUGGUCCCCAACCCAAAGACAGGACAGCUGGAGCCUCUGCUGUCGCGGUUCACAGAGGAGGAAGAGCUGCAGAUGACGAGGGUGCUGCAGAGAAUGGACAUCCUGGCCGAGAAAGCCUCCCAGGUGGGCGUGCGGCUCAUGAUGGACGCUGAGCAGUCCUACUUCCAGCCGGCCAUCAGCCGCCUGACGCUGGUGACGCAGCGCAAGUUCAAUGUGGAGAAGCCGCUCAUCUUUAACACGUUCCAGUGCUACCUCCGGGAAGCCUAUGACAACGUGACUCUGGACAUGGAACUGGCUCGCCGAGAGGGCUGGUGUUUUGGGGCCAAACUGGUUCGGGGAGCCUAUAUGGCCCAGGAACGUGCCCGAGCUGCUGAAAUCGGCUACGAGGACCCCAUCAACCCCACGUAUGAGGCCACCAACGCCAUGUACCACAGGUGCCUCGACUUCCUGCUGGAGGAGCUGAAGCACAACGCCAAGGCCAAGGUGAUGGUGGCUUCGCACAAUGAAGACACGGUGCGCUUCACACUGGGCAGGAUGGAGGAGCUGGGCCUGCAUCCCGCGGAUAACCAGGUGUACUUCGGACAGCUGAUGGGCAUGUGUGACCAGAUCAGCUUCCCGCUGGGCCAGGCGGGCUUCCCUGUGUACAAGUACGUGCCCUACGGCCCUGUGAUGGAGGUGCUGCCCUACCUGUCCCGCCGUGCCCUGGAGAACAGCGGCAUCAUGGAGGGGGCCCAGCGCGAGCGGAAGCUGCUGUGGCAGGAGCUCACACGGAGACUCUGUGCAGGCGACAUCUUCUACCGCCCCGCCUAG